UAGACACACCAACGCACACACAACCACAGCAACAGGCUGCGAGGAACCCAGCGCAGAGCGGAAUAUCCCCAACAUUGGACUUGAAAAAGCAAUUUAUACCAAACUUUUUUUUUACCGACAGGGCUUUUCCAAACUGUUGCAUGUUCUCGUUUUAUUUCAUUCUGCUGUCAGUGGAAUCGGAAUACGACUUUCAAUGUAGACUUUUGGGUGACUAGGUGUUUUUUCUUCCACUGAACAGAUUCCUUUUUUUUUUUUAAAAGCCAGAUUUCUACUCGCGUUGGAACUUUCAACUUUAGGAAUCCGGUGUUUAUGUGACAGUGUACCGUUUAUCCCCUGUUAGUUUUUUCUGUUGACACCAUGGCGGAAGCAGCGCAGCCACCGAUGGUGGACAUCGACCCGGACUUCGAGCCCCUGUCUCGGCCCCGCUCCUGUACUUGGCCGCUCCCCCGGCCGGAGUUCACCAGUCCCGGCGGCGGAGGGGACUCCAACGCGCCAUCACCGGUCCCUUCGGUCAAAACGGAGCCCGGCAGCGGUGACUACGUCACCAGCCUCAGCCUGCUGGAAGAGAGCGAAGACUUCCCCGAGGAUCACAAACCCUCCAUCGUCCUGUGCACUGACUUCCAAUGCCAGGAGAACUGUAUCCACCAGCAGCAUCUCCACCAACACCCCCACCAGCAGCACCAGCACCCCAGUCCGCAGCGGCCUCACCACCAGCAACAGGUGGCUCUCCUCCCGUCUCCGGUUGGCGGAUCCUCGGCUUCAGCGGCGCCGAACUCCAGCUCCUCAGUAGCGGCUGCCGCGGCCGCCGCCGCCCAGAGGAAGAGCAGCUCGUCACGCAGGAACGCGUGGGGGAAUAUGUCGUACGCGGACCUCAUCACCAAGGCCAUCGAGAGUUCCCCGGAGAGCCGGCUCACCCUGUCGCAGAUCUACGACUGGAUGGUGAAGAGCGUGCCCUACUUUAAGGACAAGGGGGACAGCAACAGCUCCGCGGGAUGGAAGGUACAGUCCGACCUCCACGGACCACCACGACCGCAUACGCGCAGACACACACACACACACACACACACACACACACACACACACACACACACACACACACACACACACACACACACACACACACACACACACACACACACACACACACACACACACACACACACUCAAACGGACACGUUUUUAUUAUGUACUUCUCUGUAACAAAAAAGAAAGAAAGAAAAUAUACGUUUCUGUCUGCAAUGAACACGACUGUUUAUGCAUUAUAUAUAUUGUAUAAGGGGGUCUCUCAUUUGUCAAAGCGAUUGAGUUGUCUUCAUCUUGUUGUGAAAUCAGAGCCUCGCUCUGUUCCACGCGCCAGAUUGGGGUCGAGAGCACAACAAUCGUUUACAUAUGACUCCACGUGCACUUUGGUGCGAUGCGAAGUUUCUGCACCUUUUCCACGUGUGUGUGUGUGUGUGUGUGUGUGUGUGUGUGUGUGUGUGUGUGUGUGUGUGUGUGUGUGUGUGUGUGUGUGUGUGUGUGUGUGUGUGUGUGUGUGUGUGUGUGUGUGUGUGUGUGACUGUGUUGUAGUUGGUUGAACGUAUGUGUGCGUUAGUGCGUGUUGCUUGCGUGUCUGGUGAACUGCUCUUCCAUUGUCAGAGGUGCAGCUAUUACGGUAAUCCGGUAAACAGACCAAUAACCAGCACGAGCUUAAGUCAUCUGAAUCCUCUGGUCUGAAGUUCGUCUGCUGACUCAACGGUACGAGUUUAAUUUUGUCCUAACUUUUUCGAAGUCUCUCCCAAUUAUUUAAAUAAUCACACAUGGAUAAUAUAGACAACAUUGAAAUGUACUGAAGUUUACAUGUAUAAAGGCCUAAGUGUCGAUAUUUAUUAUUAUUGUCGAAAAAAGUUAUUUGACGCCAAAAAGCGUCAUGGAAAAUAGUUCUGAUCAUGAAACACAAAACGGGAUUGAAAGUGUGACGUCAGGCCCACCCUUGCUAGGCAAGGCAUGAUUGAAGGGCGUCAAUCGCCUCACGUUCCGAAACUCGCGUUGUGCGUGUGACUCUGAGAACGACAUCUGUCAACUGUGCUCCGGCUGUCCUGCUCUUGAGGGGGAAAAGCAGUGGGAGUUAAACGUCAAUUGAUUCAAUUUGGCAGCUCCACAGUCGCACAUGUAGUCUGGGCGUAGUUUGUGUUCCCUUACUUUGACAUAGACCUUUUAAUACUUACUACGGUGAAAAAUAUUUCUCUCACAAAUAGCCUACUAAAUAAUUCAUUCAGCUACUUAUAUUUAUACCGAUCUGUUUCACAUGAGUCGUUUUUGCUCUGAAAGUUCAAACGUUCAGUUUCUGGAAGUAGGCCUACGUGUCACACCUUCUACUUAAUGUCAUGAUUUAACUACCAGAGUGGGUGGUAAACAGAUAACAUAAUACUAGCUACAGCCCCAUUGCAAAGCUCCUUCAUUGCAAAGAUAUCAAUCCUGUAAUCCAAGACGACCAUCAGAUAAUCAACAGCAGAACACU